CACGCACGACGCGCGGAAGAAGCUCUCGCUGCGACCGCCGAGUCGACAGGCGGUCGCGGCGCUGGACGGAGGGCGGCAGUCCUGUGGAGCUGCAGGGUGGUGGGCGCCUCCUGACGGCCUCGGGAGGGCAGCCGGGACCCCUGCGGACCCGGAAAGGCCGUUCCUCGCCUCGGCCGAGCACCUCCUGCUCCUGCCCCGACCGAGCCGAGCGCCGGGACCAUGUCGGCCUACUCCAAGAGUUACAACCCCUUCGACGACGACGCGGAGGAUGAGGGCGCCCCGCCGGCACCGUGGAAGGACGCCCGCGACCUCUCCGCCGGGCCCAGCGCGCCUGGGGACCGGCAGCAGUACCUGCGGCAGGAGGUGCUGCGUAGGGCCGAGGCCACGGCCGCCAGCACCAGCAGGUCCCUGUCGCUCGUGUAUGAGUCCGAGAAGAUCGGGGUCGCUUCCUCCGAGGAGCUCGUCCGUCAGCGAGGAGUCUUAGAACGCACAGAGAAGAUGGUGGACAAAAUGGAUCAAGAUUUGAAAAUCAGUCAGAAGCACAUUAACAGCAUUAAGAGUGUGUUUGGGGGAUUCGUCAAUUACUUUAAAUCUAAACCAGCAGAGACUACACCUGAACAGAAUGGCACCCUCAUCCCCCAGCCCAACAGCAGAUUGAAAGAAGCUAUAAAUACAAGUAAAGAACAGGAGGCCCAGUACCAGGCCAGCCACCCAAACCUCAGGAAGCUGAAUGACUCAGACCCCAUCCCUGAAGGGGCCAUUUCUGCUGUGAGUACCGAGGCUUACCCGAAGAACCCACACCUUCGAGCCUAUCACCAGAAGAUUGACAACAAUCUAGAUGAGCUGUCCUCAGGACUGGGCCGGCUGAAGGACAUAGCCUUGGGGAUGCAGACAGAAAUUGAGGAGCAAGAUGACAUUAUUGGCCGCCUCACAACCAAAGUGGACAAGUUAGAUGUCAAUAUAAAAAGCACAGAAAAAAAAGUUCGACAACUUUAAAGACAGUGAAGAAUUUCCACUCCAUUAUGAUGAAAACAUUUGAAAGAUCUUCUUUUAAGUUCCCAAGAAAUUUCAUUUAUUAUUUUAGUAUGUAAUUUAACAUGUGUUUGCAAAUGUUAUAAUCGAGUGGGUCUUAAGAGAUUUUGUUACGAGGAAGUGUGCGUCCCACUUUUUCUGAGCCAACACCUCGCUCACUUCUUUGAACUGAAUGCUUAGAAUUUUAGUCUGAGCACAGUCUCCUUGCCUUGAAUAUCGUGGGCCUUUGAUUAAUAUCAUGCUGGAAUGAGAAGGAAAAACUGCAUUUAUGACUUUAAUGAGCAUAUGGAAAGAUGUGGGUGGAAUUUUAAUCCCUGUUUAUGGUAUAUCAUUCCUAGGCCUUACCAUGAGUCAGAGUGCUGAGGGACCCUGUGAGCCAGUUUGUGUGGGAGGAUCUUUCCUUCCCAACACCUUUAUUUCGCAGCCCUGCUCUCUGUGACGCCUGGAAAUACGCAGGGAAUUGGAUAUUCCUUCUUCCCGAUUUCCCUCAUCUCUGACACACUGUUCCUGAUUAGGGGCAGAUUGUCCACUGGCUCAAGGCUGUGCUGGCUGACCAACUGGGGGCACUUUGUAGUUGGUGGGAAUGGAGCAUCACAGAGACAUGGCCAAGCCGUGGUCUUCCUUCACUGAGCCCUCCACUCCUCUGGACUCUCCCUGACCAGCCUAAGUAUGACAGUGUUCACUCAGUGCCUGGGUCUCCUGACCCAUCCAGGGUUCCCGCUCACUCUCCUUACAUGUCUUACAAGGUGACUUGACUCAGCACUUGGUUCUCUGCUGCCAGUUUCAGGACUGGAACUCACAAAUGAUGCUGACUGUAUAAAAGGAUUUGGCUGAAAGAGAAAGCCCUACAUUAUCAUUUUGAACUGGUCCAGUUCUUUCAUUUUACAAAAAGAGUCACUUAAAAGCAUUAAUUACAAUUGAUUGCUAUAAUUAAAUGGAUUCUUUUUGUGUUGGUACUCCAACAAAAUAAUUGAAGCCACAAGGCACUUGUGUUUUUAAAAAACAAAUCAGUUAAAAUAUUUUGAAGUUGUUAAAGUGCUCAAAGGGACUGAUUUUAAUAAGGCAGUUUAGGUCAAUUUUUAAAUAACAGUGCCUUUCAACUUGAAACAUGGCACUGGCUAAGUGACCUUCACCACUUCCAUUUUGUAGCCUAUAAACAAAUCCCUUAAAGCAAAGGAAACUUUAAAGUGCUGCAGCACUGCAUCAGUAUUUAUAUAACAAUUCAUUUGUUAAAGGUCCAUCCCAUAAUGCAUGACCUUCCUAAAAGUACUGACAGCCUCCAUCAGUAAAUAUUUACUCUCAAGUUUCAGCCACCUCAGGGAGUAUGAUCCAUUUCAUGAAUAUCCCAGGACGUGAGGAUGUGAUUAAAAGUAAUUACUAGUAAGUUAGACACUUAUUUAUCAGAUGAGCUCAUGAUGAUUAUUCUCUUCAUAACUGGUAAAAGGAAGAUUUUUUAAACAAGUACUCAGCCCAAACUAAAGUUCACAGGGCUUUCAGCAAAAAGGCUGCUAAAAAACAUGAGGCCAGACUACAGAGCAGCUAGGAAUUACAUUUCCACUCAUUCUAAUUGUUUCUGUAUUUUUCCUCGCUUAACACCUUCCUCCAUGUAAUAAUUGUUUCUCCUUGUUAUGAGGCUUAGACUCAUGGAGAUCAGUCAUUAUACCUCAGACCUAAGCUUUUUAUUUUCAAAUAAAGGCCAUCUUACUGCCAAACAUUCUCUUCUGCAACCUUCCAUAUGCCUAAUGGGAUUAGUGAUUUAACUGACUUGAAGCAAAGUAGCACCUUAUUUUAUGUACCUUCCCUGUCUGUCUUUGAUUGAUGAAGCCAAUCACCUCACCCCAUAUUUUUAACCCAAGCAUAUGGAAGGAGAGUUGCUCUCACUUUUAAAGAAGUUUAUCUUCCUCUGACACAUUUGUUUUUGUUCAGAUCCCCUAAUUCUAAGGCUCUGCCAGGGACUGUCUCUAAGCUAUGUGCUGGCCAGCAGCUUCUGUCUGCUGGGGCUUCACCCCUUUUCCCACGCCCCCUAAGGACCAGUUGGUGGUGAUUCUUUAUAAAGCUAAGUUGUGUUUCAGAGAACAAGGGGAGACCUAAGGAGUCUCUUUAAACUUUGCACUUGAUGGUGAUGAUCAAAAAGAAAACAUCUACCCUCUAGAGCAGCGGUCGCCAACCUUUCGGACCUCACGGCCCAUCAGUGGUCCGCAGACCACCGGUUGACAAAUGCUCCUCCAAAGGUUUCCUUAAACCAGCAGUCGCCGACCUUUCGGAUGACCUUGGCGACCGCUGCUCUAGAGACACUCAGAGGUGCCCAGGCUAGAGUUGGGUGUUGGAGGCUUUGGUACAACAGACAAGACCAGUGAACUCAUCUUGCUAGAUAAGCCCAUAAGACAUUUUUAUUUCCACUUUUGAGCUGAAAACAAACUGUGCCUUCAAAAAGGUGGCUUUUCUAACUUUAGGUUGGUUAUAUGUUAAAUGUGCUACUAACUUUAAAAAAAUGCAUUCUCCAGUGGAAACUAUUUCUAAUAUUUAGUGUUUUGUAACUUAGCAGUGGGGUUGUCUCUUGCAUUCUGUAGGAAAAGACCUGAAUUUAACUUAGGUGACAAGAAAUACAGAAGUGUAUUUUAAUUUCUCUUAACGUCUUUUUAUGAGUAUGUAAUUUUAAGUGUACACUACACCGAUUUAGUAAACAGCUUAUAGUUUGCCUACAUAGACCUUGUCUGCAGAAUUUUUAAAGUUAGCAAUGUUGUUGAGCAUCUUCAGCUCUGACGGAUGAAAUGUCUUAUGUACAGAAUCAUGAUCUAGUCAUUAAAAGUGCUCAUGGGAAGGUGGGCUUUUUCUUCAGAGUCUAUAUCAGAACAGCUCUUAUGCUCCAUGCCUUCAACUUAAUGACCAUAUUCCAUAAAAUAAAAUGUGAAGUUUUUAAAUCAA